AUGGUAAUGAACCGCAGGCAAGGUAUUCGUAUAAUCGAUCACGACGACUCGCAAAUCGAGCGCUUGAAUGAUUCUAAUGAGUCCACGUGCGGGAAUCAGGCUGUGCAGCAUCGGCUUGCUAAAUGGCGCAUCACUCUUCGCCAGCCUGCCAUUAUGUGUCUCUUCUUCCUAUGCGGCAUUGCUUUAGCUAUCGGCCACCAUGUUUUCUACCAGUCUAUGUGUCUUCCUUUAGCGUCUAUAGCACCCCCGGCAACGCUGUCGGUCGGACUUGACGAUAGUACAUCAACCAGAAAUAUCUCAAUUCCGGACUUCAACAGGACUGUCGAGUGGUUGCUAGAACGAAACACAAAUGGCACAGUUUACAAUUAUUUAAUCCCUACAUCUAACGCUCACUUAUAUGCGAAACGUGUUGCAUACAGAGGCAUUAUGUUGGCUCCCACUGCUCCCGCCCCGUACUCAACUUUCCAAUAUAGCUUCUACGGCCCAUCGGUGAAUUGUCGCCGUAGCACAAAAAGUGAAGACAGAGAGUUUGCAAUUGUUGCCGAGGAUUUAUUCAGGCCGAUUGCCGUAUACUCAAAUACAAAGAGGAACAAGGUCCAAGACCCUGGGUAUAUGAAACCAUCCUCUGGCGAAAACGGCGCAUAUUACUCCGUCUUCCGUGCCUUUCCAUCAACACUAGGCGGGAUAAUCAGCGGAAAGUAUGACGUCUCACAAGAAGAACUCCGCCAGGGCGGGAAUAACCCGGUGCUUGCGACCGGCCUGACAGCCUAUGUUUCGACGACUGAAGUACAUUAUCAAUACUCUCCCCGUCGCCUGGCCCUUUCUUACGCACUAGCUGCUUUCGCCACCCUCCUAUUUCUUUUAGCUGGAUUUUGGGCUAUUUAUUCGAAUGACGUUGUCCAUGAUAGCUCGUUCUCCAGUCUUCUAUACACAACAUGCAAUGCCGAAUUGGACACUGCAGUCAUCAACGCGGGACUGUCUCUGGGAGCUGAGACGAACGACGGUACACUAGAUGAUGUGUAA